ACUAUUUAUGCCGCCAUUUCAGUUGACUUUUUGGCAGCGUCCUUUUAUCUUUUCAUCGAUUUUCAAUUACUUUUUCCUUUCGUUUUAUUCUUAUGGAACUGUCUAGUAAAAGAAAUCAAUAAUGAAAAAGUGGCAACCGUCUAGUUUUCAUAGUAUUUUAAUUCAUUUUUAGUUUGCUAUUAUAAUAUAAAGUAAUGGAUACGUAAACUGAAAGUGAUCCACAAGUAUAAUUUUCAAACAAAAUGCAUCGACGAGGGGGAAAGCGUAUCCGGAUGGACGAUCCUCCGCCAGAAUAUGUGAAUCCAAUGACCCCGGCCACACCUAUGACGGAUUAUGGAGGACAAUCUGUACAUGAGCCCGAGACACCAAGUUAUUCUGGUUUUAACGUCGGAGCAGUGGCAAACUCGACCGCUACUGAGAUGGCGAGAGAGGAGGCGGAAGAAUCUCACCACGAAGAGGAAGGAGCGAGGUCACCGUCUCCAGCGCCUACAAAACGGAUAACUCGUAGCCGUGGACGAGGUGGUGAUGGAGGGUACGUGGGACGAUUGGCGGAGUCACCACCACCGCCGCCAUUGCGCAGGCGCGGGCGCGGCGGUCGCGGCCGGGGCCGUGGGCGGGGUGCGGCUCCACCGCCUGCCUAUUCACCUCCACCUGUACUUUUGCCCGGGGAUGAUGAAAACAGCCUUUACAAUAUUUUAAGAUUCAAUAAGACUGCUAUAAAUCAAGUUGUGGAUAUGUGGAUUGAGGAGUACAAGAGCAACCGCGAGAGUGCACUAGUGCAGCUGAUGCAGUUCUUCAUCAACUCAUCAGGGUGCCGCGGGAAGGUCACGCCUGAUAUGGCCCAGAUGGACCACACACUUAUCAUUAAGAAAAUGACACAGGAGUUUGAUGAGGAGAGUGGUGAAUAUCCACUGAUAAUGUCUGGUCAGACAUGGAAGAAAUUCCGGUCGAAUUUCUGCGAGUUUAUCCAGACAUUGGUGAAGAUGUGCCAGUACUCUAUCAUAUACGACCAGUACCUAAUGGAUAAUAUAAUCUCACUGCUCACUGGGCUCUCUGAUUCUCAAGUGAGAGCAUUUAGGCACACUGCUACUCUAGCUGUGAUGAAAUUAAUGACGGCGCUGGUGGAUGUGGCGCUGCUGACGAGCGUGAACUGCGACAACUGCCUGCGCCAGUAUGAGGCCGAGCGCCUGAAGGCGCGUGACAAGCGAGCCAGCGAGCGGCUCGAAGUGCUCGUCGCCAAGAGGCAGGAGCUCGAGGAGAACAUGGAGGAGAUCAAGAAUAUGCUUUCUUACAUGUUCAAAUCCGUUUUCGUGCAUAGAUACAGGGACACCCUGCCAGAUAUAAGAGCCAUAACAAUGGCUGAAAUAGGCAUCUGGAUGGAGAAAUUCCCUGCACACUUCCUUGAUGAUCUAUAUCUCAAGUACAUUGGAUGGACUCUGCAUGACAAGGUGGGCGAGGUACGUCUACGCUGCCUGCAAGCGUUACAGCCGCUGUACGAGUGCGAGGAGCUCAAGGGCAAGCUGGAGCUGUUCACGUCCAAGUUCAAGGACCGCAUCGUGUCCAUGUCGCUCGACAAGGAGACAGAGGUCGCGGUGCACGCUGUCAAACUCGUUAUCGCCAUACUCAAGAUGCACCCCGACGUGCUGACGGACAAGGACUGCGAGAACGUGUACGAGCUGGUGUACUCGUCGUGGCGCUCGGUGGCGGCGGCGGCGGGCGAGUUCCUCAACGUGCGGCUGUUCCGCGCCGACGAGCCGCCCGCGCCGGCCGCCGGCGCCGCGCCGCCGCCCGCCGCCUCGCCGCCGCGCAGCCGCCGCGGCAAGCGCCGCCUGCCCAACACGCCGCUCAUCCGCGACCUCGUGCAGUUCUUCAUCGAGUCCGAGUUGCACGAGCAUGGUGCUUACCUGGUAGACUCGUUGAUCGAGUCUAAUCCCAUGAUGAAGGACUGGGAGUGUAUGACCGAUUUGCUUCUCGAGGAGGCUGGACCUGGUGAGGAAGCGUUGGACAACAGACAGGAGUCGUCGCUGAUCGAGCUGAUGGUGUGCUGCGUGCGGCAGGCCAGCACCGGCGAGCCGCCCGUGGGCCGCGGGCCCGCGCGCAAGCACCACCUCGCGCUGUCCAGGGACCAGGCCAAGCAAGUGAGCGACGACCGGACGCGCAUGACGGCGCACUUCAUCGUGACGCUGCCCGCGCUGCUGGACAAGUUCGGCGCCGACCCCGAGAAGCUCACCAACCUGGUCUCCAUCCCGCAGUACUUCGACCUGGAGCUGUACACCACGCAGCGCCAGGAGGGCAACCUCACGCUGCUGCUCAACAAGCUGCGCGACAUCGUCUCCGUGCAGACGGAAGCUGAGGUGGUGGAGACGUGCGGGCGCACGCUGGAGUGGCUGUGCGGCGAGCAGGGCGGCGUCUACACGCGCUGCAACGUCGCGCGCGCCACCAUCACCGACAUGUGCGUCAACCGGUACAAGGAGGCGAUCGACGAGUACCGGUCGCUGCUGGAGGGCGGCGAGACGCCGGACGCGGACGAGGUGUUCGCGGUGGAGAACUCGCUGCGCAAGGUGUCCAUCAUGUACAUGUGCCACAACCUCAACGACACCAACAUCUGGGACUCGCUGUUCGAGGACCUGCCCAAGUGCGCCAAGGAGAACGAGUCGCAGAUGCCGCCGCAGGCGCUGGUGUACGUGGUGCGCGCGUGCUUCUACUCGCUGCUGUGGUCGCUGCACGAGCUGGAGGAGCGGCUGGCGCGCGCGGGCGGCGGCGGCGGCGAGCAGGCGGCGGCGGCGGCGGCGGCGGCGGCGGCGGCGCUGCGCGAGCGCCUGCUGGGCUACCUGGCGCAGUGCCGCCGCCUCGUGCAGCACGCCGCCACGGCCGCGCUGCGCGAGGAGGCCUACACCAGCCUCUGCGACCUGCUCGUCGUGUUUGCCGACCGCCUGCACGCGCUGCACCACCCCGCCGAGCCCGCCGUGCGCCGCCUCGUGCUCGAGCCCGAGCCCGCGCUCUGCGACCUGCUCAACGGCUUCGUGCAGCAGUUCGUCUUCGUGCACCACGACUACGAUGGUCAAGACGAGAGACGCAUCGAGGAACUGCACAAGCGGCGCAACUUCCUUGCCGCCUACUGCAAGCUUAUCGUCUACAACAUAGCACCUAUACGGCGCGCCGCCGACGUCUUCAAGCACUACAUUAAGUGCUACAACGACUACGGCGACAUCAUAAAGUCGACCCUGAGCAAGGCGCGUGAGAUCAACAAGCUCAACUGCGCACUCACCAUGGAGCUGGCCAUGCAGGCGCUGUUCACCGACAUGCUGCAGCGCCACCAGACGCCCACCAGGCAGCUACCGGAGUUCCUUGAGCUGAAGGAGUUGGCGAAGCGGUUCUCGGUGAUGUUCGGGCUGGACGCGGUGAAGAACCGCGAGGCGCUGACGGCGCUGCACCGCGCCGGCAUCGCGUUCGCCGCGCUCGAGUUGCAGCCGCACCAGCCGCCGCCGCACCUGCUGUUCCUCGAGCCGCUCGCCGAGUUCUCCAACAAGCUGCUGCGCCAGGACAAGCGUCAGGUGCUCAAGUUCCUGGACUCGCGCAUCCAGCCGUCCGUGCACUGGGGCGAGGAGUGGGCGCCGCUGACGGCCUACCGCAACUCGCUGCUCACCGACUCGCCCGACGAGCGGCCGCCGCCCGCCCGCAAGCACUACGCGCGCCGCACCCGCGGGCAUAACGAGGAGGAGGAGGGCGAGGAGAACGCUGACUCGGACCAGGAGCAGCCAGGGAGGCGGUGGAGCCGACGCAGCUCGCGGCUCGCGGCCGGCGGCGGGGACUCCGGGGAUACGACGCCCAGACGUCCACGCAAAAGCUUGAAGCGGACGGCGGAGAGCGGCUCGGACAGCGGGGAUCACAGGAGGAGUCUGAGGAAGAGGACGCGCAUUGCUGCGCAACAGUGAGUGGCGCGGGUGUCGCGGCUAGCAAGUGCCGAGAACAAGCCGCGGCCAUCGCAGUGUCUUAAAAGGGCUCCUAAAAGGUGGAAGGUUGUUUAGUAUGGGAAACUAAGCCCGUCAAUGUAUGCAUGUUGAAUGAAAUACAGUUUUGAUAUAUUGUGUUUUGUAAUUUUGAUUUUGGAAACUAUUUUAUAUCUUAUUUUCAUGUCCAGUCACCCAGAGAUACCUACCAACUACAAUUUAUUACAUUAUACUAGAGUACGUUAGCUUAUAUGGAAAAUGUCUCGGCAAAUCGCAAGUAGCUCUUACACUCGCUAUUUACAGAUAAAAACUACAUAAUUAUGAGCUUAAGGGUCAUUAUGUAUUUAAAUAACUAAAAAUCUACCUAAUUUACUUGAUAUUAUGUUUACUUAGACGUCUGUCAAUGUAUUUUUGGGUACAUCUCUUGUGGUGUUCUGUCGUAGAAGAAAUACUUUGGGAAACAAGCUUAGUUUAUA